AAACCCUCUCUCUCUUCUGCGCGCAGCCUUUGUUGCCUUCUCUCUCUCUCUCUGCUCUCUCUCUCUCUCUCUAGUUCUCCCAAGCUCAAAUCUCUCCCCCAAUCCCGGCAGAGUUCACAGAGAGAGUGCAGAGAGACGACUCCAUAGUCCUCAUACACUGAAUCCGAGCCCGAGUCCGAGUCCGAGUCCAUGGCCCAGCAGACCAACGGCGGCGGCAGCGGCGAUCUGAGCACCACGCCUCAGCAGGCCCAGCCCAAUCAGCAACAGCAGCAGCAGCAACAGCAGUGGAUGCAUCAGCAGCAGCAGCAGCAGCAGCAGCAAUGGAUGGCGAUGCAGUAUCCGGCGGCCGCUAUGGCGAUGAUGCAGCAGCAAAUGAUGGUGUAUCCGCAGCAUUACAUGCCUGCUUACGCCGCGCAUCCGCAUCACAAUCCCUACCAGCAGGCUCAGGCGGCGGCGGCGUACCAGCAGCAGCCAAAGCAGCAGCAGCUGGCGCAGCAGAAGAUGGGUCCUACGGAUGAGGUCAGGACAUUAUGGGCUGGAGAUUUGCAUCAUUGGAUGGAUGAGGCCUACCUUCAUCAAUGCUUCGCCUACACUGGACAGGUUUCUUCAGUAAAGGUUAUACGCAAUAAGCAAACAGGUCAGACGGAAGGGUACGGUUUUAUUGAGUUCUAUUCACGUGAAGCAGCUGAGGAAGUUCUACAGAACUAUAAUGGUACUCCUAUGCCAAAUACGGAGCAGCCUUUUCGUCUGAACUGGGCUACCUUUAGUGCGGGUGACAGACGGGCAGAUACUAGUUCAGAUCUAUCUAUAUUUGUAGGAGAUUUAGCUACAGAUGUUACUGACACUAUGUUGCAAGAAACUUUUGCUAGUAGAUACUCAUCUGUGAAGGGGGCAAAAGUUGUUCAAGAUGCAAAUACUGGUCGUUCAAAGGGUUAUGGUUUUGUUAGGUUUGGGGAUGAAAAUGAGAGGACAAAGGCCAUUGCGGAAAUGAAUGGUGCGUAUUGUUCAAGCAGGCCCAUGCGUAUUGGUGUUGCAACGCCCAAAAAAUCAUCUGGCUAUCAACAACAGUACUCUUCACAAGCAUUGGUAUUGGCUGGAAGUGGUGGACAUGCAAAUGGUGCCAUGGCCCAAGGUUCUCAGUCCGAUGGCGAGUCCAAUAACACAACUAUAUUUGUUGGAGGGCUUGAUUCUGAUGUCAAUGAGGAAGACCUCAGGCAGCCUUUUUCUCAAUUUGGUGAAGUUAUCUCUGUGAAGAUACCAGUUGGAAAAGCAUGUGGUUUUGUUCAGUUCGCUAGCAGGAAGGAUGCUGAGAAUGCAAUGAAUAUGCUGAAUGCGACCGUAAUUGGGAAGCAAACAGUUCGUCUGUCUUGGGGUCGCAGUCAAGGCAACAAGCAGUGGAGAUCAGACUCAAGUAACCAGUGGAACAAUGGGGGACAUUAUGGAGGGCAGGGGUAUGGUGGGUAUGCAAAUGCUGCUCCACAGAAUCCUGAUCUGAGUAUGCAUGCUUCAGGUGCGGUUAACGGGUCUUCUUAACAGGAAGACUGCCGUUGCUAGCCAUGUGUAAACUGAACUUUUGUGAGUGCACUUAGAAUAUAGUUAUCAGUGUCUUUAAUUUCUGUAGGUUAGAUUUAGCUGCUCAUUUAGCUAAAUCUGUAAGAUGUGGAAUUUUGUUGCCAGAUUGAAGUCGAUGUGUGAGAUUAAUACUUUAUUAAGAGUUCUGGGGCUGCCUGAAUUUUAAAAUGGACAGGAAUUUUUGAGAUCCCAGAUAAUAUGGACAUGUUUGGGAAGCUACUGAGACCAGAAUAUGGAAAAAAGAAUUGAGUCUUUAACUCUUUAUUGCC